CCUGCCCCGGCUGGGAGGAAACAGCCAUUCCGAACAGCGCAGCCGUUGCUAACGAUGCGAUGUCCCGUCUUACGGAUGAAUCUUGGGUUUAGGGGCUUCAUGGGUGCCGCGGUCACCAAAAACAAGGAAACUGGAGCCAUGGGUUUCCUCUUCAGCCUCGGAUGAGCCGAAAUAAGCUGGACCCACACGAGCCCAGCGAGCUGCCCCGGCCUGCAGGGGGCGCUCCCCUGUCCCCGACACCCUCUCCAGUCAUGGCGGGCUUCAAGCGGGGAUACGACGGCAAAAUCGCCGGCCUGUACGACCUGGACAAGACGCUGGGGCGGGGCCACUUCGCCGUGGUCAAGCUGGCGCGGCACGUUUUCACCGGGGAGAAGGUGGCGGUGAAGGUCAUCGACAAGACCAAGCUGGACACAGUGGCGACGGGCCACCUCUUCCAGGAGGUGCGCUGCAUGAAGCUGGUGCAGCACCCCAACAUCGUGCGCCUGUAUGAAGUGAUAGACACUCAGACGAAGCUGUACCUGAUCUUGGAGCUGGGAGACGGGGGUGAUAUGUUCGACUACAUCAUGAAACAUGAGGAGGGGCUGAACGAGGAGCUGGCCAAGAAGUACUUUGCCCAGAUCGUCCACGCCAUCUCUUACUGCCACCGACUGCACGUGGUGCACAGGGACCUGAAGCCUGAGAACGUGGUGUUCUUCGAGAAACAAGGACUGGUGAAGCUCACCGACUUUGGCUUCAGCAACAAGUUUCAGCCAGGGAAGAAGCUGACCACCAGCUGCGGCUCUCUGGCAUACUCGGCUCCGGAAAUCCUCCUUGGCGACGAGUACGACGCUCCAGCCGUAGACAUCUGGAGCCUCGGCGUGAUCCUGUUCAUGUUGGUUUGCGGCCAGCCGCCUUUCCAGGAAGCAAACGACAGCGAGACUCUCACCAUGAUCAUGGACUGUAAAUACACUGUACCUGCCCACGUCUCCAGCGCCUGCAGAGAUCUGAUAGACCGCAUGCUGCAGAGGGACCCCAAGCGCCGAGCCUCACUGGAGGAGAUUGAGAGCCACACCUGGCUGCAGGGGGUGGACCCCUCACCGGCCACCAAGUACAGCACUCCUCUGGUCUCCCACAAGAACUUGUCAGAGGAGGAGCACAACAGCAUCAUCCAGCGCAUGGUGCUGGGAGACAUCGCUGACCGGGAGGCUAUAGUGGAAGCCCUGGAGACCAACAAAUACAACCACAUCACAGCAACAUACUACCUGUUAGCAGAGCGGAUCCUGAGGGAGAAGCAGGAGAAGGAGGUCCAGACCCGCUCCUCCAGCCCCAGCAGCAUCAAGGCACACUUCAGGCAGUCCUGGCCGACCAGAAUGGACAUGCAUCAGGACAUAGAGGACUCUCUGGCUUCCUCGUCCAUCUCUCACGCCGGGGGCCCCCAGUCCCCGGCCCGCAGCGCAGAGAGCCUGCUGAACGGACACCGCUCCAAAGGCUUGAUGGACCUGGGCCGGCGGGAGGAGGCCACGGUCACCGACUCAGCUCAGGGAGCCUGUGCAGCAGCACCUUCUGGCCCUGCUGCUGGGACCUUCAGAGCUGCAGGUCCCUCCACAUCAGCAGCCAAGCAGAGGAUCUGUCUGUUCAGGGUGGAGGAAGAUGAAGAGGAGGAGGAAGAGCAGGACCCGUCGCCCCUGCCGACCCAGGUGAUCCUGCGGCGGAAACCCCCCUCCAUCACCAACCGCCUGACCUCCAGGAAGAGCGCCCCGGUGCUCAACCAGAUCUUUGAGGAGGAGGGCGAGUCGGACGACGACUUUGAGAUGGACGAGGGUCUGCCGCCCAAACUCAGCCGGCUCAAGAUGAACAUCGCCGGCGGGGUGGGCGGUGUGGGCUCCGGGGCCACCUCGGCCGCAUCCCCCGGCCCCACGCAAAAACGCUACCACAGGCGCAAGAGCCAGGGCCGGGGGUCGUCCUGCUCCAGCUCGGAGACCAGCGACGACGACUCAGAGAGCCACAGGAGGCGCCUGGACAAGGACUCGGGUUUCACCUACAGCUGGAACCGGAGGGACAGCAGCGAGGGGCCCCCCGGCAGCGAAGGGGGUACAGGGGGGGGCAGCAGCUCCGGCCAGGGGAAGCCCCCCUCGGAGGGUGGCGGCUCCUCUGGCCCCGACAGAGGCAGCCCCCCUGGUAACGGGGAGAGGGAAGGUGGCAGCGGUGGAGGGGGUGGCGGUGGGGCCGGAGGGGGCCACCAGGGACAGGACCGACCCUCCAGCUGCUGCAGCAGCUCCACCAAGCCGGCCCUCAGCAUGGCGAGCCGGCCCUCCCGCACAGCGAGCCGCGGCGCCGAGCUGGUGGAGAGUCUGAAGCUGAUGAGCCUCUGCCUCAGCUCGCAGCUGCAGCUGCAGCAGCGCAGCGGGCGGGGGGGCCGAGCAGGGGGCGGGACCAAGGUCAUCCUGGACCCCCGGGGCGUCAAGGAGAAACCGACGUGGAGGAUCUGCAUCGGCUCCACCGACAGCCUGGACUCCAUCGGCCUCCCCGCCGCCGGCCUGCCCCGCUCCCACGCCGUGCUGCACCUCCGCCAGAAGGGGGCGCCGCCCGGCAGCAGGGACGCUCACAGCAACAUGAACGGCCUGAAAAACGGCGUGCUGCAACUACCUCUGUGUGAGAAGAGCAUCUCUGUUAACAUCCAGCGUGGCUCCAGAGACGCUCUGCUGUGUACUUCAGCUCCAGCCAGCUGCUGCCAGGUCAUCUGAGGCCCCGCCCCCUCACCCGCUCCACCCAGCUCCUCUGUUUUAAACGCCUGUUUUUACCCCCUUGCUUGUACCAUUUUCACUUGUUUUUUUGUUUUUUCUUAACCAACUGCACUUUAUCGUUCUUUAGCUGAAUGUCAGAAUUGAGUCCAUUUUGAUAAAGAAGUGAAACCACUGUACAUCGCUUUUCAUACGAGCUUAAAACAGUUCAGAGCUGAAUUUAGGUGAAAUGAUGUCCGUUGAUGGAAGAUCUCUGCUACUUUUUUGGUCAUCAGUUUUCCAGGCCUGGGUCAAAUCUGAACUGUAACGUGGAAUGUUGCAGGAUGUGAUGGAAAGCAGAGCUUCAGUCAGAUUCGGGUUCAGAGUUCUGGGACUGGUUUGAGUUUCCAGUUGACCCGAUUCUUCCUGCUCUGUCAGCCUGUCUAACAUUCAUCUGAUGCUGUUAGGCUCUACAGCUCUGGGAGUUUGAGCUGUGGAGGAACCAGAGCACCAGAACAGGUUUCAUGGUUCAGAGUCAUGAUGAGGUCAGAGGUCAGCUUAGGUCCCACUAACAGGUUCCAGCUUGUCCAGGUAAACAGACAUUAACCACAGCAGCACCAAAGUGUCCUCUGUGUCGCUAUAAACCUUCUGAUUUUACUGUUUUUACCUCUAAUGAGGUAGAAUUACAGGAAGUGUGAUAAUUUGGUUCUGGCCACUUUUAAUCCCAUUUCCACCAAGCUGUUCCAAAUCCUGACCCAGUUAAGAGUCGAUGCUGAAAUGGAACCAGUGACCCACCAGUCUGCUGUUUGCUGGGUAAAAACUGGACGAACUGGUUUAACACUGGACCUGGUUCUCUUGGAAAGGCCUGCCCGGAUGUAAAGCCAUAAAUGACAUAAACACACCCUUUUGGCCUUUAAUAGUGAGCAAACAGCGUAAAGUUCAAAGGUCACCAUGUUUCGUUAACAGUAGGAGGGAAGUCCAAGGCUGGCUGGGCUGCCAGGCGUUAGGGCAGCAACUUAUUUAUAUUUUUACUAACGUGGAUUCCUUCCAUUAAAACAAUCAUUUUUACAGAAUCUCCUCCAGACACAAACAUCACCACCUUCACUCAUCAGCUCUGCUUUUCCUCCUGUUGCACUCAAGACAAUCUGCAGCUCCUCUUCCUGUCAGACUUUCCUCUUCAGCUUUAAAGCUCCGAUCAGAAUCUACACAUUAUGAACAUGAUCAUAUCAUGUCUAAUAAUUAGAACCGGUCAUUUUGCAGGGCGGGAUUAUUAUACAGCUGCAGGAUAAUUUGAAACAACUGCUUUAAAUUAGUUUCCUCUGAUGCAGGCAGAUUAAAAAAAAAUAAAUAUAUAUAUAUAUAUAUAUAUACAUAUACCUACACCGGCAUUAAUAUUUAUUUAAAUGUGGCACCCGGAGUUCCUCACCAGGCUUCCUGCUGGAUGUUCGGGGCCCGUUUCUGGCUAAAUUAGAAACAGUUUGCGGUUUGGAACUGACUGCUGCUGAAUGUAUGUAUAUACUUGAUCCAUAAAUUUAAAGAUGUCCAGAAAUCAUUUAUGAUAAUGAUUGCAGUUAUAGAAUCUUUCAAGUCUAGAUUAAAAGAACAAAAAAAAAAAAACAAGUCAAAUAAAUCGGCUUCAGACUGACAUCACCAUGGAAAAAUAUUGACAUAAAAAAAAUGCUAAGGAUUUUGACUUAAUUAUGGAAUUCUGAGGGGGGAAAGAGUCAGAAUUUUGAAAUUAAAGUUUUUUUAAUUCUUUUUCUCGAGAUUCCAACAUGGUAACACUGCCAUAAACACAUAACACCUGUCAUGGACAUGAAGGAGUCUUCAUGUUUACGACUGUCAACAGUCACAAACAUUGUGACCAUUUUAAUGGACUUUUAAUACAAGUUUUAAUGCAACUUUGCUUUAAAAGUGUCAUUAUUUACCGAAUGACACUUAAUGUUAACAAUCGUAAACAUUCCUUCGUGUUCAUAACAGGUUGUUAAGUCAUGUUUAUGACAGUGUCAUGUCAGUCUUAUGCACACCCCGUCAAAUAAAGUGUCACCUCUAACCUUCUUGGGAUUUUGACUUUUUCUUGGAUUUCUGAUCUUUAUACAGAAUUUUAAGAAAAGAAGUCAAAAUCCUGAAAUUUUAAGUCAGGAUUUAGAUAUUUUUCCCCCUCAUUAUUCUGACUUUAAAAGAUUAAAACUAAAGUCAGAAUUCCGACUUUUUUGUAAAAAAGUCGAAAUUCUGAGAGCUAAGUCCGAUUUUUUUUAAUUUUCAGUGGCUCUAACCUCCUUGUGUACGUUCACAAUACAUUGACUGGAUAAAGAUUUCUGACUUGCAAAGCAGCACCUUCUAACAGAAACAUUUCAUUUGAAGAAAAGUGUGGCGUUUUGUUGCUUUACAAUCUCACUUGCUGACCAACUAUGGAAAAAUAAGCUGAUAGAUUUUGGUUUUCUCCUCCUCAAACCCGAACGUCUCCCAAAAACUCACUGUUCACGCGGCUGCUGAGUCAUGUGUUGUGUACAUAGCGUUAUGAAGAUGAAAAAUUUAUUUUUUAAACAUGUACAUUUUAUGAAAUGUCUGCUGUUUGUUUUUUGUUGUUUUUAUUUGUUUCUUGCUGGUGUGUUUUCUAAAAGAAAAAAAAAAAAAAAAAUCGGCCACAUGAGAGUCAGCAGGAAGUGGAGGAGCGGCCAUGUUUUAGGGCAUUGGCAAUAAGCUAUAGCAUGUGUUGCAGUCAUCUGUACCGAGACGUUUCAUUAGCUUCACUUUUUCUGUCGAUUCCAAACACGCGCAGCUUCUCAGCUGCCGCCGUCAACUUUUAGUUUCGUCGGAGAUUUCCCGACGAACCAAAUGUACAUAGAGUUGUAAAUAUGGUGCUCUCUUUACCUAGAACAUUUUGGUGCAUAGUUGUACAGUAAAACUAGCCUUAUAAUGACCGUAGUAAUCCUGUAUGGAUGUGUUAGUCGCGUGGGCAAAAUGACAGUUCCCUUCAUACCGUCAGGUGUCUGACUGUUGUCUUUACUCAGCUGUUUUCAGGUGAAUGAUGUGCAUGUGUCUCAGUGUUGGAGCAGAAUCAGCCACAGAAAUCCUACUGGACCAAAAGGCAACAAACAGAAAGAAAAAAAAAAAACAUCACUGUAAUAUUCUGUAGUUGAUAACUGUUGUCAGACAAUACAUAUAGCUCUGGUAAUAUCCCAAAAAAUAAAAGUUGAUUUUUGUCUCUUA